AUGGAGAAAAAGGCACCUGAGAAUGGAGAGUUUAGCUUCGCAAGUAAUACUCCUAGAAGUACUGGACGGAAAGGGCUGCCUAAAAUUCAGACGCAAGAUCAUAACAAGAAGGCAAACGAUGUUUGUCAUGAUGACAGCGGAACACCAGUGAAAGCCAAAACAAUUGAUGAACUCCAUUCUCUACAGAGGAAAAAAUCAGCGCCCACCACACCCAUCAAGGGCACUCAGGGUGCUUUCACUGCCCUCUCUGAAGAAGAACGCCAUAAACAGCAACUCCAGUCCAUCAGUGCUUCGUUGGCAUCAUUGACGAGAGAGACAGGGCCAAAGCUAGUGAAAGGGGACCCCGCAAGGAAGGGAGAGGGGCAACAAAUUGCACAUCAUCACCAUAUUACACCUACCCUCAGCGCUAGUGAUAGUGCCCUCAAGUUUACCCAUAUCCUCUACAAUCUUUCCCCUGCUGAGCUCUAUGAGCAAGCAAUUAAGUACGAGAAGGGUUCAUUCAUAACAUCAACUGGUGCCUUAGCUACACUUUCUGGGGCAAAAACAGGAAGGUCACCAAGAGAUAAACGUGUUGUCAGGGAUGAAACCACAGAAGAAGAUCUUUGGUGGGGAAAGGGCUCACCCAAUAUUGAAAUGGACGAACAUACUUUCAUGGUUAACAGAGAAAGAGCUGUCGAUUAUUUGAACUCGCUGGAGAAGGUCUUUGUAAAUGAUCAGUUCCUGAAUUGGGAUCCAGAACACAGAAUUAAAGUCCGUAUUGUUUCAGCCAGGGCUUACCACUCGUUAUUCAUGCACAACAUGUGUAUCCGACCCACUCUUGAAGAGCUGGAGGACUUUGGAACUCCGGACUUCACUAUAUACAAUGCUGGGCAGUUCCCAUGUAACCGUUACACCCACUACAUGACUUCCUCAACUAGCAUAGACAUCAAUCUUGCUAGGAAGGAGAUGGUCAUUCUUGGCACCCAAUAUGCUGGGGAAAUGAAGAAGGGUCUAUUUGGCGUAAUGCAUUAUCUCAUGCCGAAGCGUCAAAUCCUCUCCCUUCACUCUGGCUGCAACAUGGGGAAAGAUGGGGAUGUUGCCCUCUUCUUUGGAUUAUCAGGUACCGGGAAGACAACUCUGUCUACAGAUCAUAAUAGGUAUCUAAUUGGAGACGACGAACAUUGCUGGAGUGAGAAUGGUGUGUCAAACAUAGAAGGCGGUUGCUAUGCCAAGUGCAUUGAUCUCUCACGAGAGAAGGAGCCUGAUAUUUGGAAUGCCAUCAAGUUUGGGACCGUAUUGGAGAAUGUGGUGUUUGAUGAGCAUACUCGAGAAGUGGAUUACAUUGACAAAUCAGUUACGGAAAACACACGUGCAGCAUAUCCUAUCGAGUACAUUCCAAAUGCUAAGAUACCAUGUGUUGGUCCGCAUCCAAAGAACGUCAUUCUACUGGCAUGUGAUGCAUUUGGCGUGCUCCCACCUGUGAGCAAGCUGAGCUUGGCACAGACCAUGUAUCACUUUAUCAGCGGUUAUACUGCUCUGGUAGCUGGGACGGAGGAUGGUAUUAAGGAGCCACAGGCAACAUUUUCGGCCUGCUUUGGUGCUGCAUUUAUAAUGAUGCAUCCUACCAAGUAUGCAGCCAUGCUGGCUGAAAAGAUGCAGAAACAUGGGGCUACUGGAUGGCUUGUCAAUACUGGCUGGUCAGGCGGAAGUUAUGGAUCUGGAAACCGAAUAAAGUUGGCUUACACUAGGAGGAUCAUUGAUGCAAUCCACUCCGGUUGCCUUUUAAAUGCAAAAUAUAAAAAGACUGAAGUGUUUGGGCUUGAAAUCCCAACUGAGAUUGAGGGCGUACCUUCAGAAAUCUUGGAUCCUGUGAACACUUGGUCGGAUGAGAAUGCAUACAAGGAUACCCAAUUGAAGCUGGCUGGUCUUUUCAAGAAGAAUUUUGAGGUGUUCGCAAAUUAUAAGAUUGGAAAAGACAGCAUGCUGAAGGAGGAGAUUCUUGCAGCCGGUCCUAAUUAUUAG